CCCGGCUGGGAGGAGGUAGCUCCUCACUGCCAACCAGCCAUUUCGAGCCUAGCUAGCUUUAGACGCCAUAUCCCCUCGAAAGCUAAGCUAGCUUGCUGAUACAGGGAAGCUCUCCCUCUCUCUCUCUCAGCAAUGGCGGGCACCGGUGCUCUCUUCUUCCUCUUCUCCUCCUUCUGCCUCCUGGCCCGGCAGGCCGCGGCCGGCGGGUACGGCGGGUGGCAGAGCGCCCACGCCACCUUCUACGGCGGCGGCGACGCCUCCGGCACCAUGGGCGGGGCAUGCGGGUACGGCAACCUGUACAGCACCGGGUACGGCACGAACACGGCGGCGCUGAGCACGGCGCUGUUCAACGACGGCGCGGCGUGCGGGACGUGCUACGAGCUGCGCUGCGACAACGCCGGCAGCUCGUGCCGGCCGGGGUCCAUCCUGGUGACGGCCACCAACUUCUGCCCGCCCAACUACGGCCUCCCCAGCGACGACGGCGGCUGGUGCAACCCGCCGCGCCCCCACUUCGACAUGGCCGAGCCGGCCUUCCUCCACAUCGCGCAGUACCGCGCCGGCAUCGUGCCCGUCUCCUACAGAAGGGUGCCGUGCGUGAAGAAGGGGGGCAUCCGGUUCACCAUCAACGGCCACUCCUACUUCAACCUGGUGCUGGUGACCAACGUGGGCGGCGCCGGCGACGCGCAGUCCGUGUCCAUCAAGGGCACGCGCACCGGCUGGCAGGCCAUGUCCCGCAACUGGGGCAUGAACUGGCAGAGCAACACCUUCCUGGACGGCCAGUGCCUCUCCUUCCGGGUCACCUCCAGCGACGGCCGCACCGUCACCAGCAACGCCGCCGCGCCCGCCGGCUGGCACUUCGGCCAGACCUUCGAGGGCGCCCAGUUCUAGUCCGCUUCCUCCUCUUCUCUUCUCCACAAGCAUAAGCGCUGGAGAGAAGAGACGGAGCACUAUAUUCAAGAAUUAUUUUGGCAUUCGCGUGCGUGCGUGCAGGAGGAGGAAGAAAGGCCGGCCGGCCUCUUCGUUAUAGUGAAGGAGGACGCUCCGGGCUACGCUGAGGCUGCUAAUUAGCACCCGCUUAGACGCUUUCCUUCUCUCGAUCAAAGUCUCAAGUUUACUGAAGACUCGAACAACCAUCCAUCAAGUACCGUACCGUACGUAGCAGCUUGGCACUCCUUGAAGAAGAAGAAGAAGAAGAAGAAGAAGAAGAAGAAGAAGAAGAAGAAGAAAAGAAGUUAAUAAUGGCAGUAGUUAUGAUCAGUACUAGAAGUACCUUUGGUGGUUUGUACCAGUACUAAUUUGUACUACGGGGUGGUGGCCCUUGCGAUGAAAUUGAAGAUUUGCAAGGCCAUAUUUAUGGAUCCAUCCAUGUUCUAGCUA